AUGUCUGAGCUGCGCCCGACAUACUCGCGCCAGGAUACGGCAGACGUCAAAGUCGCUCCUGAAGAUACCACGAGCAGCGCAGACCAGAAGCUGGAUCCGUCUUCCCUCGCAGACGAGGAAGCUGCUCAUCCUGCCCCUCUUGACUCCGGUUCCAGCUCCUGCUCACCGUCCUCCGCCUCGCUUCGCAACGCCCUCCUCGUCUCCCCCGGUGGGCGGGAUCAUGACGAUGCGGAGGAGGACUCCAAGUGGACCACGACCCGGCCAGAGCUGUGGAGCUUCUAUGCCUACUACGUGGGCAACUCGGGACUCUCACUCUACAACUUUGCGCCUAUUGCCCUGCAGAACUUGCUCACCUUGGCCGCCACGUCCCCCACGCCAGACGAUACACCGCGUCUCCGUUUCGCCGGCUCAGACCGCACAGUGAACAGCAUCGUCCUUCUGCUGAACGGCAUAAGCUUUGCUGUGCAGGCCUUCCUAUUCCUCACAGUAGGCAGCGCAGCUGACUUUGGUCGAGGGCGGCCGUACAUCCUCAUCGUCUCGACGACGAUCAGUGUGGCGGUCGGUUUUGCAUGGCUGGGCGUCACCCACCCCUCUCAAUGGAUGACCGCUGCGGGUCUGUACGUGGUGGGCUUGGUCGGGUACCAGAUUUCCCUCACCUUUUGGACAUCGGCCUUUGUUGGGCUCGCGAGGAACUUACCCUCGGUGAGGGCUUCAGCCUCCAAGCUGGUCAGAGGCGAGACGAGUGCAGAGGCUCACGUAAGCUUGGACGUCAUGGAGCGCAACCGUAUCUCCAAUGUGGCAUUCUUCGUCUGCUCCGUCGGGGAGCUCUUCGUGCUCGCGGUGAUACAGGGCAUGCUGGUGGGCGUGGGGGCGAAUCGCGAUACAGAGACGAACACUCGCGCUCUCACGUACGUCAUCGCCUUUGCCAGCGGGGUGUGGGCGCUAGUGGCGCUACCCUGGUUCUUCUUGGAGAAGCACAGGCCGGGCCUCAAGAUGCCGGAGGGGAUGAAUAUCCUGACCGCUGGAGUCAUCAAUGCGUGGCAAGCGCUGCGUAAUCUCUGGACGCUGAAGCAGAGUUUGCUGUACCUCGUCUUCUUCUUCCUUAUGAGCGAUGCCCUCAACACCACAAUCACACAGAUCAGCAUUGUCCAAGCCACUCUCAUCUCGUACAGCUCCACCACGUCCAAUCUCCUCCUCAUAGUAGGCAUAGCCGCCCAAGCAGUCGGCAUCGGCUCCUUCUGGCUAGUACAGCGCCGCUUCCAAUGGCACACCUUCACCCUCCUCCGCAUCGUCUGCGUUUUCAUCGUCCUCCUAACCGCCUGGGGCAUGGUAGGCAACUGGACCUCCCGCUUCGGCUUCAGGAACAAGUACGAAACUUGGCUCUACCAGGCCCUCUACGGGAUCCUCGUCUGCCCCUGGUUCUCAGUAAGCCAAACGGCCAUCAGUGAAGUGGCGCCCAAGGGGCUGGAAUUCCAAUUCUUCUGCCUCCUCAACCUCUCGGGGAAGAGCGCGAGCUUUAUUGGGCCGUUCGUUACCAGCGCCAUCUCCAAUCGCCAAGGGGCGACAGAGUCCACGCCGUUCUACUUCUUGUUCGCGCUUGCCCUGUUCAGUUGCGGGUUCCUCGUGCCCCUGGAUGGGCGCAAGGCAAGGUUGGAGCAGAAGACCUUCUUGGAUCGCAGGGCGCGCAUGUAG